UAUUCUGAUUCUUUCUCCAAGAACCAUGGAACUCUCAUGGGAGUCAAGUGUCGAAGAAUCCAUCAAUGCCAUCUAUCUUCUCUUCUCAGCCUACUUAGUCUUUGCCAUGCAACUCGGCUUCGCCAUGCUGUGUGCGGGCUCUGUUCGGGCCAAGAACGCCAUGAACAUCUUGCUCACCAACGUGGUCGAUGCUGCCGUUGGAAGCCUUUCCUACUUCCUGUUCGGGUUUGCCUUUGCCUUCGGGGAGGGCCCGAAUAAGAACCCAUUCAUUGGGACAAGCUACUUCGCCCUAAAAGACGUCCCAACGGCCUCGUACGACUACAGCUUCUUCCUCUACCAGUGGGCUUUUGCCAUUGCCGUGGCCGGUAUAACUAGCGGUUCCAUUGCUGAGAGGACUCAGUUUGGCGCCUACUUGAUUUUCUCAUUCUUUCUCUCGGGCUUUGUCUAUCCUGUAGUGGCCCAUUGGGUUUGGUCAUCUAGUGGGUGGCUAAGCCCAAACUCAAGCCCGCGGCUGUUCGGAUCGGGGGCUAUUGACUUUGCCGGCAGCGGUGCGGUCCAUUUGGUGGGCGGGAUCGCCGGGCUCUGGGGCUGCAUCAUCGAGGGCCCAAGAGUAGGGCGGUUCGAUGCAUUCGGAAAGUCCGUGAUCAUGCGUGGACAUAAUGCAACCCUAGUGGUUCUCGGCACAUUCCUAUUAUGGUUCGGUUGGUUCGGAUUCAACCCGGGCUCGUUCAACAAGAUACUUGUGGCCUACCCAACCACCAUCGACCAGGGGCACUGGACCUCAGUGGGGCGCACGGCAGUCACCACCACGCUGGCCGGAUCCACUGCUGGGAUAGUCACGUUGUUUGGGCGGCGGAUGCUGGCGGGCCACUGGGAUGCCUUGGCCGUCUGCAACGGCGUCCUGGGCGGGUUCGUGGCCAUCACGUCAGGCUGCGCUGUGGUGGAGCCGUGGGCAGCGAUCGUCUGUGGGUUCUUCGCCGCCUGGGUUCUGAUUGGGCUCAACAUGCUGGCUUUAAAGCUCAAGAUUGAUGAUCCGCUUGAGGCAGCGCAGCUACAUGGCGGGUGCGGAGCGUGGGGGCUGAUCUUCACGGGGCUCUUCGCGAAGGAGGAGUUUGUGGUGCAGGCGUACGAUGCGGGGUUGGCUGGGGUGCAGGGUCGGGCAUAUGGGCUGCUGGUUGGGGGCGGGUGGGGGCUGGUGGGGGCGCAGCUGGUGGAACUGGUCGUGAUAUUGGUAUGGGUAAGUGUGACAAUGGGGCCACUGUUUUACUUGCUGCAUUGGCUUAGGAUCUUGAGAAUUUCCAUUGAUGAAGAAGUUGCAGGGCUUGAUAUAUCCAGCCAUGGAGGGUAUGCAUAUAAUGCUCAUGAAGAAGAAGAUACUGCUCCUAGGUUUUAUGGAGACUAUGUGAGAAUGCAUAAUAAUUCUUAG